GGCGACAGAGUUGGAUGACGUCUAUUGGCUGCGGCUGUUAUCGGCUCGAAAGGCCAACGGUGUGAGAAGAGGUUGGGCAGGAGGUGACCAAUCAGCGUUUUCGCGGGGCGGGGCUGAGGUGGCUUCCUUUGUGCAGCCAUGGAAUUCCCGGACCAUAGCCGCCGUAUCCUGCACAGCCUUCGUGAUCAGCAGUCCCAGGGCUUCCUUUGUGACUGUCAGGUGUCUGUGGGCACUGCUCGCUUCCUUGCCCACCGCUCUGUCCUGGCUUCGUGCAGCCCCUUCUUUCACAUGUCUUGCAGAGAAAGACCUGACAUGAGAGAUUUUAUUUUGAACAGCCAAAUCGUCACACCGCCAGCUUUUUCUUUACUUCUCAACUUCAUGUAUUGUGGGCGUCUUAGCUUCCAGGAGGCCCCGACCGAGGACGUCCUGGCAACCGCCAGCUAUUUGCACAUGGACGAGGUGGUGAGGGUCUGCAAAAAGAGGUUGCAAGGCCGAGCUCCAGCUGAAGCAGACAGUACUCGACGGGAGGAAGAAAGCGGGGCAGAGAAUGAGUUUUAUGGGCGAGGUCACGAUAGCGCAGAACCUAGGCUAUCGAUGGGUAGAAAUGUGAAAUAUCAAGGAGAGGAGGCAUCAGGUAGUGGACAGAGAUUACCAGUUGGCUCAGUGUUCAACAUACACAAUAUUACAGGAAGCGCUAGAUAUCAGAAGCAAGAGGCUACAGGAAGUGGGCAGAUGUUAACGGGUAUUUCAAGAUAUCAGGGGCAGGAAACGGCGGUAAGUGGACAGAGAGUAGCAGGAAGCACUAAAUGUGAGAUGCCAGAAGACGCCGGCACUGGGCAGCCAGUAGCAGGAAGCGUUAAGUGCCAGCGGCAGGAGGCAGCCGAGAGCUGUCAAGGAGUUGCCGGAAGUAUAAAAUGUCAGGACAAUGCAGAGAGUGAUCAAGGGCUGGCAGAAAGUUCUAGAUUUGAUGUAAAGGAGACUGUAGUAGGCGAGCAAGUUGUAGAUGAAAGGUACAAACAAAAGGAGACCGUAGAGAGCUCACUCACAUCUCCAGUUAGCGGCCAAUUUACACUUUCCAGAGACUCCCCCAAAAGACAAGAAGCAGCAGGCAGCACACAGGGAGCAGCGGGCAACUCCCGAUAUGCUCAGAUGCAGGAGGUUUCAGGCGCCAGUAGCCAGGCUCUUCCUCUGCCCAUUUACCCUCUACAGACAGCCGAAGAAGCAGGUAACACAUUGCCAGGGAAUGCCAGAUACUCCCUGCAGACACAGGAACCAUCUGGCAGUACAUUAGUAAUGCCAGGGUCUUCUAGAUACUCUCAUCAAAGUCAAGAGGUACCAAGUAACAUGAUUGCAGUUUCAGGGACCACCAGGUACCCACUGCAAGCUCAGGAGCCCACAGGCAGUGUGCAAGGAGUGGCAGGCCACUUCAGGUAUCCACCAAAUAUCCAGGAACCCACCGGCAGCAUCACAGCUCAAGCAGGGUCCAAUAGAUACUUUCUGCAGAAUCCAGAGUCAUUGGCACAGCCAGCAACCUCUAGAUACUCCCAGCACAGCCCAGAGUCACCUGCCAAUAAGCAACUAGAAGAGGGUGAAUCUGCUAAGUCUGAAUUGGCAGUCACCACCACCACCAAACCAGGGAUGGAAGCAGCAACUGCCCAAAGCCCAUGUAGCUCUACAGGCAGCGAAGGUCAACCAGCCCCAGGAGUAACAGUAAAGAUAGAAGCCAUUGUCAUAUCAGACGAGGAGUGUGAGAGAGCAGGCAUAAAAAGGCAUGAGUUUGAGGAGGAGGAAGGGGAGGAAGAAUCAGGAUACCUUCCCUAUCACAUGAUCACAGUACCAGGAGCACAUCACACUGGUUACGGUACUCUGCUCCCGGCUUCCAUGCAUCCUGAGACCAUGUACUUACAAGAAUUUGAGGGCAACCCUGGUUUUCCUUUAUUUCCAGAGGACGUACCCACCUGCAAAACUUGUGGCAAGACCUUUUCAUGCUCCUACACUCUCCGGCGGCAUGCCACUGUCCACACUCGAGAACGCCCUUACGAAUGCCGCUAUUGUCUACGUAGCUACACACAAAGCGGGGACUUGUACAGACACAUCCGUAAAGCACACAGCCAGCAAGAACCAGAUCCUAAAAAAACAAAGGUUGAUAUGGAGCCAGCACCUCCAAACUUGCCUUGAAAUGAACAAAAUAUUGGGGGUUUAGUUGCCAGAAUGAAGGACACGUUAUGUGAGAUGUUUGGGCACUUUCAACAAAUCUGUUAGAUUGGCGCUUUGCUGUGAAGUAACCCCUUUGCCUCAUCACACAAGAUAUCCUCUCUUUAUAGUAGGAGCAAAAUAUCCUAUAUCUAUCCAAAAGAAAGGUGAUCUAGGUUCCUAAUAGCACUGCCAAAUAGUUGUAGAAUAAUAUUAUUUUUUAUAUACAUAAAACCAAAGAAGAAUCUUAAACCUGCCUCUCUAUAUGUGUGCACAGAUUUAUUUUUUUGUCAAAAUAAACCUAAAUCUCCCUUGUAUCUGACUGAAGCUUGUGUAGAGAAUUAUGAAAACAAUGUGGUGCUUAUCUAAUGGUCUAAUUUAAAGAAACUAUUUUAUUUUUAUUGUCACCUUUUAUGAUAGACAGGAGACCUCUUUAUUCACAUAUAAAUCUGUGUGACACAUAUAAAGAGGCAAGCAUGACUUCUUUUGGUGUUUAUAUGUUUAAAUCAAUAUUAAAGGGAUAUGAACUAAUUCUCCUUUAGUAAAACAAAAAUAGAUGUUAAAUAAAAGUAAAACCAUAUAAGAGAAACAUAUUGUGUUAAAAAUUAGCAUUAUUAUCAGCAUAGCCACUGUCUAUAGUUACAUAAGGGAUCAGACAUGCUGAGAACCUACGUUGCAUUCUGCCUCUUUUGAGCAUGGGCAAAAACCGACUUCCUGUUUCUAUAUAAUUCACUAAACAUCUACCCCUAGUAGUUUUUCAAGGGAUAUGAAACAAUGCUCCUUUAGUAAAAAUAAAUUUUAUAUAGCUUUAAAAAUCAAAUUAUUUGAGAGAUUUUUUUAUCUCAAAGUUGCCCUUUCCUGGUCUCUCCUCCAGGCUCUUCUGAUCAGGUUUUUUUCAAAAGCAGUUUGCGGCACGCUGUCUUAUUACAGCGUGCACGAUUGCGCUAUUGCACUAAAUGUAGCUCGCUCCAGCUCUGGUCUGGUAGCGGGAGCGAGCUACAAUUGGUUCAAUAGCGCGAUGGGGUGCGCUGUUAUUAAACAGCGCACCCGCAAACUGCUAUUGAUAAAGACCCGAUCAGGCGAGUCUGGAGAGGAGACCAGGUAAGUGUAACUUUGAGAGCUAAAAUCUCACAAAUCUUUUUAUUUUUAAAGCUGUCGCUAAGAUAAUGUUACAUAAUUCUGCACUAUAUGCAGAAUUAUAUAACAAUAUUUUUAAACAUUUUACUGUCCCUUUAAAUCAAAGUAAACACAAAAAGAAACAGACUGUGAUUAACCCAUUAACGCCCUUAGGACGGCAUAAAACAUCCUAGUCUUUUGGCUGUACUUAAGCCAAAGGCGCUUCCCGAAUGGGAUCGCGGGCUGGAGGGCAUGCCUAGCAUCAUAGGCACUCCCUCCAGACACGAUCCCAUCAUUGAAAUCAUGCGAUCGCAUGAACAAUUGCGUGAUUUCAAUUUUUAACUUAUUUGUUUGCAUAGGAAAUUUGUUCCCGUGUAGACAUAAGUCCGGCCGUUAAGGGGUUAAAAAAAAACUAUUGCAAACAGCUUACUUUUUUUCUUGCAAAAUGAGCAGCUUAAAAAUCUCAGUGUAACCACUGCCAUCAGGGAGAUGAGGGAGCUGACAUGCUGAGAACUUAAAGGGACCUGAAACCCAAAAUUUUUCUUUCAUGGUUUAGAAAGAACAUACAAUUUUAAACAACUUUCUAAUUUACUUCUAUUACCUAAUUUGUUUUUAUUCUCUUGGUAUCAUUUGUUGAAGGAGCAGCAACACACUAAUGGUUUCUAACUGAACACAUGGGUGAGCCAAUGACAAUCAGUAUAUAUGUGUAUGUAUAUAUAUAUAUAUAUAUAUAUAUAUAUAUAUAUAUAUUUGCAGCCACCAAUCAGCAGCUAGAACCUAGGUUAUUUGCUGCUCCUGAACUUGGCUAGAUAAACCUUUCAGCAAAGGAUAACAAGAGAAGGAAUCAAAUUAAAUAAUAGUAGUAAAUUGGAAAGUUGUUUAAAAUUGUAUGUUCUGUCUAAAUCAUGAAAGAACAAUUUUGGGUUUCAUUUCCCUUUAAGUUGCAUUCUGCCUCUUCUGAGCAUGGGCAAGCAACUGACUUUAUGUUUCUCUAGUAUUCACUAAACAGUAAGCCAGCUCAUAUUACUCUAGAAGAUUGAUGACAUCAAUAUGGCUUGAUCUAGAGACCCCAGCCCUGCACAAAUUGCUAAAAAGAAAAGAAAGAAAAGGUAAAAUCCUUUUAAAAUGAUAAAUAAUAUAUUACGAUUUAUAUUAUAUAUAUAUUUUUACUACAACAAUGAGACAGACUGUUUACGUCCCUUUAAACUACAGCUAUUUGACAGUACUAUGUUCGAACCCCUUGCCCGGAGUACUUUUCCAUUGGAUAGAUACUGGCUUUUUGGACAAUUUCACAACAUCAAGGAAAAGAAAAACAGAAGUCUCUGCUCCUUUUUUGUAUUAGAAAUACUUCUGUCCUACACAUUUAAUUUAUUCUCCAUUAAAAAAGGAAAAAACAGUUUAUAAAAUAAUGAUUUUUAUUCCUUCAGAAACCCACACCCACUUAUGUAUAAAUCUACAGGUCACAUGAUUACCAUUUGUGGAUCAAACGCUACACAAGAUAUCUGUAUAUAUUACAAUCUAAAGUCGCACCUGGUUCUCUGGUCAGCUGUGUCAAACAAGGUCGUGUAACUAUUCAUAAUUAAAGUCUCUGAAGAUGUGA